UUCCUACUGCUAACGUGGCGAGGGGGCGAUCUGUUUGCGUGCUUUUGGAUGGAGUUCAGCUGUAUCUGCCCUUACUUCACCGGACUGGAAAAAAUGUGGAAGAUACCUCUAGAAAAAUGUUCAAGCUGCUGCUGGUUGUGUUACCUGCUAUCCAGCUUCAUUUGAUGACAGCUUUAUUUACAGUGGAGGUUCUUCAGUCUCAGUACUCUGUGGAGUACCAGAGCAAUGUGACACUGAGAUGCUGCUUUCCAGUCAAUUCCCAGUUAGAUUUUAAAAUGUUAAGCAUCUUGUGGAAAAGAACAUCACCAAGACAAGAAGAAAAAGAAAUCUACAAGCUCCACAAGGGACAGGAAGACCUCACGUUACAAGACCCAGACUAUAGAGGGAGAGCCACCCUACUGCAUGAAGAAUUACAAAUGGGAUGUUCUGCACUCAGUAUCACCAAAGUAAAGGUCACAGAUGCAGGCUCUUUCCUCUGUGUCAUAAACUAUGGAGAGGCUGAUUACAAAUACAUUACUUUGGAAGUAAAAGCGCCAUACAAAAGAAUAAACAUCCAGAAAAUAAAAGAUCCUAAGGAAGAGGGUCUGAUUUUAAUUUGUCAGUCAGAAGGGUAUCCCCUGGCUGAAGUAUCCUGGCAUGAUGGGAGAAAUCCUAAUGUCAGCAUGUUUGCAAACACUACUUUUGAGCUGACUGAAGAAGGACUAUUCAAUGUGACCAGUAUUCUACAAGUCAAACAAAGCAUUAGUGGAAACUACACCUGUGUGUUUUGGAAUAAAAAACUGAAUGAAAAAACAUAUAGAUCAGCAUUUCAGUUAGAUUACGUGGAUGAAUCAGCUUCUGGGUAUCAACAUUUUUAUCUCGUUUCAUUUAUCUCAGCUUCUUUGGUGGUAUUAUCUUUUCUACUGCUGUUUGUCUUCAAAGUUGUAAGGAGAACAUCAUCUACAAAUCUGUAUAUCCAAAAAGGUAACUGUAGGAAAGUUUCCCACGGCUCAAGGGUAAAAGAAGCAGAUGCCAGUUUAGAAAUUACUAGCAGUUCUUUAAUUUGACAAAUUUGGAUUCUCUGUGCAUUCGUUUCUGAAUCUGAAGAAUACAAAUCUGUAAGACUUGCACAAUGAAAAUGCCUAAAUCAUGGGGACCCUUAUGCAUCUGCAUCACAUUCAUCCCAUGAGAUAAGAGAUUAUCAGGGAAUGUUCCUUGUCUUUCCACCACUACUCUGAGGGGAUCUGGAUCAUACCAGUGGAAGAACUCAAACAAGCAUGUGAUAUUGUUUUCAUUUCUGUACUUUCCAUAUUUCCCUUUUCAAGAAGUUAUAGCUGUUGAAAGGUAAACUGUGCUUCUGUUUUUUGUCAGUAUUAUUGCUCAGCAGUUUAAAGGGUUAUUGGAGUAUAUUUUAAAUGUUCUGUCAUCAUAUUAAGUGUCUGAACUUUUGGUAAUAAGACUUUUGUGUUUA